CUUCAGUACUUAACUAUUUAUUUAUCUCAGUAAAACUUCUACAAUGAUUUAAUAUUAAGAUUUGGGUUAAUCAUAACCAUCUUUCAUCUACUGUGUUAUACUUCUUAUUGUAGUCUAUAAUCAUUAUUAUAUUUGUAGUUUAAUGAUCAAUUAAAUAAGGCGGGUAAAUAAUUUGUGCUCGUUCUCAAUAUGGCUGUUUUCUAAUUUCCUACAGUUUUUUGCAGAACUACGACUUAACCUAAUAAAUUAAUAAAUUACCUGUAACAUCCAUAACUUGUGAUAAAGAAAUUGUCAAGGAUCAGAUACCUGACAUUCUAUAUGCUAAAUCUUAAGGACAGUCAUGAACCAAAAGUACCAAAGGUCAUGAGUAACGAAUUUCAAUAUUAUGAAGAAGAAGAUAAAGAGGUGCAAGAUUUAUCAGAUGAUACAACUACCGCAGCACUUCUUCAUUAUAAUUCAAUAGUUAAUGGUGGUAAUGAACAGAAAACUACUAAGUCGGGAAUAGAAAUUGAGCCUGAAAAUGAAAAUGAAAAUGAAAAUAAAAGUUAUCUAACAAAUGUUAAAUUAGUUCAAUAUGAUCCAUCUGAAAAACCUCAAAGAUUAGGUAGACCCAGAAAACAUUUAGGUACAAAUCCAAUUCCAAUGGAAGAUUCUUCAUCAAGUAACUAUAAUGAAUCAAUUAUUUCUAAAUUUAGACUUGAUGCUAAACCUCUUGAAGGUCCAGGAUCAAGAGGUGGGAAAAAGUCAAGAGCUAGCCCUAAGGGUAAAGUAACUUCAUCCACCGUUAGAAUGAGAAAACAACAAUCAAUACUUGACUUUGGGAAAAAAGUUGAGGUUAUACUGGAAAGUCCGAAUCUGACUCCAUCUAAUAAUGAAGAAUCUAAGACUCCACAAACUGAGAUUGACCAGAAACCAAAGGAUAAAGAUGAGAAAGUUCUGACUUCAAUAAAUAUGCAGAAAAAGGCCAGAGUAUAUAAGAAGAGAGCCAUGUCUAACUUAUCAUCAAUGUUGACUAGUAGGACUACAAUGAUACAUAAUAGUUCUAAACUUUCAAGACAAUUACCAGGUCCAUUAAUCCCCUUACAUUAUACAUCUUAUGAUAUAAAUAUUAUGGAAGCACAACAAAAUCAGAAAGCCAAUGAAGAAAAGAUUGCUUUAGGAUUUCCUACCAAGAAGUCACCUUAUGCAUAUAAUAUUAUGAUUAUUAUUUCAUUUUUAAACAAAUUCAAAUCCGUACUUAAUAUUUCAGGCAUAAGUCCGCAAUCAAUCGAAUUGGGAUUAGGUUUAGGUUUAGGAUUAAAUUCUUCAGAAACAAUAGAGGUUUCAGAUGAAAUCGAGGUUUCAGAUGAAAUGAAUGAUUUAUUUUUAAAAUUAAUUGGAUUAGUAUUAAAUAGGAAAAAGCCCGUAUCUUCAUAUAGUACUGCCAUUGGAGAAUUAAAAUCUCAGGUUGUUGCAUUAGGUUUACCAAAAGAAUGGAAAAAGAUUAAGAAUAAUCAAAAUGAUGGAACUUCAGGAAAUUUUGAUCCAGUAGAUUUAGAACAUCCAGAAAUUCAUUUUGAAAUGCCAUUAUUACCAGUAGAAGAAGAAACUAUAUAUAAUCCAUUUUAUGAUUCUGAAUUUGAAAGUAAGGGACUUGGAGGAAUACCUGAACCAGUUGAUCGUUUAAUAUUAUUAAGAGCAUUAGUUCAAUGGGCACUUUCUAAUUCAGAUGUUAUUAAAUCGUAUAUUUCAAAAAAUAUACUGAAUCAAGAUAUUCCAGGAGAUAAAGAUACUUAUUACUCUUCUAGAGCUAUAUUAAAGGGAUUUAAAAAUACUGAUAUUGUAAAAAAGGAAGCAGAAGCAAAACUUGCCAAAAGAAAAGCUGGAGAAGAUGAUAAAUAUUUUGAUCCUACUUCAAAUCCAUUAAGUCAUCCAAUGAAUUUAAGAUUAGUAGAAGAACUUUGUGGAGAUAUUGGUUUCCAUGUUGGUAGAUUUUAUUUAUGUAGAAUGGCCGAUGAGACAAAUGGAGGUUUAGCUUCAAUAAAGAAAAUGAAAUCUGUUUGGUCAGGUAGUGGGAUAGGAAUUGGAUUACCAUCAAAAUUCAAAUUAUAUGUACAAGAUGUUUAUAACAUGUUAGUUGAAUCUCUUAGUUUAAGUGGAGUAGAAUUUGAUGAUAAUGGGAAUGAAGUUGUUCAUGAAGAUUUGACAGAAAUUGAUGAGAAUAAUCAUUGGUUUGAAGUAGCAAGUGAUCCUUUAGAACUUGAACAAUUUGUUAAGUUUUUAGAAUAUCGAUUAGGAAUUAUAGUAUCUGAAGAUCAUACAAUUAUUCCAGCUACUAGCCUGAUAUAUAAGCCGACAUUAUACUUGUAUGAAUAUUUAAAUGCAAUUUUACCAUUAAUUACAAAACAAGCAGAGAUGAAAAAUGUUCCUACAGCAAGUGAGAGUCGAUCCAGUAGAUCAAGAGCUGUUAAUUAUAGUGAUAAAGAAGCAAGUCAAGCAUAUCAAGAUUAUAUGGAAGGAGAAGAAUUUGCUGAAAUUGAUGGAGAACCUGAUGAUGAUUAUGAAGAUAGUGGAAGUGACAUGGAACAAGUCGAAGAUGAUAUUGACUAUGCCGAUUAAUAAAAUGAAAAAAUGUAAAAUGUAAAAUG